UACACUUCCUAAACAAUGCCACCAGCUGGGGACCUUGUUUUCAAACACAUGGACCAAUCAGAGAUGCUUUGCAUUCAAAUCAUAAUGCCCACUCCCUCUGAAAUUGAGUCUCAGUCCUGCAUAAUCUUUGUGGCCCAGAUGCCUUCCUUGACCAUAUGACACUGGGCAUUAUUUGCAUUUUAACAAAGAGCUGCUUUGUGAGGAUCAUAGAAGUGACAAUAUGUGUCAUCUGUGAAGAGGACAACCAGGACAGAUUCACAAAGCUGUCAGACUAAAUCACGCAGAAGAGACAGAUGCAGUGAAAUAGGAGGAGGCGGAGCUCAGAAAAACCUUGAAAUUGACAAGGAGAUGAGAUACACGAACGGAACCAGGAUCAGGUCGGCCUAAAUUCUGCUAUGUUGGGACUCACUGAAGGAGUGUUCCUGGUUCUUAUUGUUACAGAGUUUGUUCUUGGAAAUCUGGUGAAUGGCUUCAUUGGGUUGGUUAAUGGCAGCCACUGGUUCAAGAGCAAGAAAAUCUCUUUGUCUGACUUCAUCAUCACCAGCUUGGCCCUCUUCAGGAUCAUUCUGCUGUGGAUCAUCUUUAUUGAUGGCCUUAUAAUAGCAUUCUCUUAUCACAGCCAUGACUCAGGGAUAAAGAUGCAAGUUAUUGAUGUUUUGUGGACCUUUACCAACCACUUCAGUAUUUGGCUUGUCUCCUGUCUUGGUGUUUUCUACUGCCUGAAAAUAGCCAGUUUCUCCCACCCCACAUUCCUCUGGUUCAAAUGGAGAGCCUCCAGGGUGGUUGUUGGGAUGCUGUGGGGUGCACUGCUCUUAUCCUGUGUCUGUACCAUGUCUCUGAUGAAUGAAUUUAAGAUUUAUUCUGUCCUCGGUGGAAGCAGAGGCACAUCAAAUAUGACUGAAUACUUCAGACUGAAGACAAAUGAAUAUAAUCUGAUGCAUGUUCUUGGGAAUCUGUGGAAGAUUCCUCCGUUAAUUGUUUCCCUGGCUGCCUACUUCCUGCUCCUUCUUUCUCUGGGGAAGCACACAAAGCAGAUGCAGCAAUACAGUACUGGCUCCAGAGAUUGGAGUACCGAGGCCCACAAAAGAGCUAUCAGAAUCAUCUUCUCCUUCCUCUUCCUCUUCCUCUUGUACUUUCUUUGUUUUCUAAUUUUGUCAUUCAGUCGUUUCCUACCAUCAACUAAGACUGUCAGGAUGAUUGGUGUGGUAAUUGCCAUGUCGUACCUUGUUGGGGACUCUUUUAUUCUCAUUAUGUGUAACAACAAGCUAAAGCAGACGUUUGUGGCCAUGCUCCCAUGUGAGUGUGGUCACCUGAAGCCUGGCUCUAAGGGAUCCUUUGCUUCAUAGAAUACCAGAGGGCAUAGCAUGGAGCCUGGGGGUUCCUCAGCCUGGUGUAGCACUAUGAAGCCUUCUGAGUCUGCCAUUCAUCAGUCUAUACCAUCAGUAGGAGAGAUGUUACCUGCUUUGCCCCAGAUUCUACCUGGCUUAGAGGUGAAAGCCAUGCUUCUGAGUGCCUCUCCCCAUAGGAUCAUUUGGACAGGUGCAACAGUCUUUGGGAAAUGCCAGUGUAAGAACACUCACUAUGUAGAUAUGGAGAUGUAUUUUAAUAACCAUUAGCUUAAGCAUAGCCAGUCUGUGUAUUAGUUUUACCUUAAAUUUUAUGUGGAUAUAAAUAAAGCACUGCUGUGGCUGUGACACAAAGACCAAAAGCUUUUGCUUUUCCAUAGAUGUGGGCUUGAAUUCUGGUUCUGUCAACUUUCCAUUUGUGUCUGUGGAUGAAUUGUUUUUGUGCUUUUCCCUUUACCCUAAAAUAUGGAUGAUAACAUCAUCCACAGAGUAGUAAAAAUUCAUGAGACAAUGUGUGCCAACAUUUUAGCACAAUGUGUUAUAUAAAGUGCUGGGUUAAUUGAAGGCUGUCAUUAUGUCAAACAAUAAAUUAUGCACCAACACCAGUCUUUUUAAGAUGGCACUUCCCACAAAUCUUUGUGUGAUACUGUAAAUAACAGCAUGAAAAUCCAGACUCUUGGAUUCCAGGUUCCAGUCCAUUCUUGUGUUUCAUUGACAUUUUAUUAAAGGUAGUUCCAAAUAUAUA